AUCCGCAAGGCUCGUCUCGAGCAGCUCAAGCAGCAGGGCGGAGGCGCCGGAGGAGGCGGCGCUGACGAGAACCCCAAACACAGGCAAGAACAAGAAGCCCGCCAACAAAUGCUCAACCAGAUCCUCUUACCGGAGGCGGCCGACCGCCUGGGCCGGAUCCGGCUCGUCAAGGAGUCGCGCGCGACCGACGUCGAGAACAGGCUCAUCAUGCUCGCGCGGACGGGCCAGCUGCGCAGCAAGGUGACCGAGGACCAGCUCAAGGACCUGCUGAGCGCGGUGGCGGACCAGGGGAGAGAGCAGCAGGAGAAGAUUGUGGUCAGUCGGCGGAAGGGGUGGGAUGACGAUGACGACGAUGACUUGUUUGAUCUGUAG